UGCCCCGCUGCGGGGCCGCCCGCCCGUCCCGCGCCCGGACUCUGCCAUCGGGGGCGCCGGCGGCCGGAGCGCCCCGGGUGCGUCCUGCGGCCGCCGCCUGAGAUUUAGCCCAUGCUGAGGAUGUGAGGGGAACGGAGAGAGCCACCCUGAAGCAUGGAGACUGUGGUGAUUGUCGCCAUAGGUGUGCUGGCCACCAUCUUCCUGGCCUCGUUUGCAGCCUUGGUGGUGGUUUGCAGGCAGCGCUACUGCCGGCCUCGAGACCUGUUGCAGCGCUAUGAUUCCAAGCCCAUUGUGGACCUCAUUGGUGCCAUGGAGACCCAGUCGGAGCCAUCCGAGUUAGAACUGGACGAUGUGGUCAUCACCAAUCCCCACAUCGAAGCCAUUCUAGAGAAUGAAGACUGGAUUGAAGAUGCCUCAGGUCUCAUGUCCCACUGCAUUGCCAUCUUGAAGAUAUGUCACACUCUGACAGAAAAACUUGUUGCCAUGACAAUGGGCUCCGGGGCCAAGAUGAAGACUUCAGCCAGUGUCGGUGACAUCAUCGUGGUGGCCAAGCGGAUCAGCCCGAGAGUGGAUGAUGUGGUGAGAUCGAUGUACCCUCCGUUGGAUCCCAAGCUCCUGGAUGCCCGGACAACUGCUCUGUUGUUGUCGGUCAGCCAUCUCGCGCUGGUGACUCGGAAUGCCUGCCACCUGGCCGGGGGCCUGGACUGGAUCGACCAGUCGCUGUCAGCUGCCGAGGAGCACUUGGAAGUCCUUCGAGAAGCAGCCCUGGCUUCUGAGACAGAUAAAGGCCUCCCGGGCCCUGAAGGUUUCCUGCAGGAGCAGUCGGCCAUUUAGUGCCUGCUGUGGUCCCCGGAGUGGCUCCGAGUGGAGACUCUGCUUCCCCCCAGCCCCCAGCCCUCCUUCAUCCACCCCUCCCACUCCGUCCCCCCACCGCCCCACCAUUAGUUAUGCUCUGUGGCUCAGGAGUCCUGCUGUUUGGGCAGAGCUGAUGCCUCUGCUGCAGUUGCCAGCGAUGGCUGGUGAGUGGCAGUCUAACACUGCAGUUACACGAGCUGGUGCUCACUCUCUGUGCAGCAGAGCUCUGGAAACCCGUGGAGCGGCUGCUUGAUUGAGCUCACCUAGCGUUUUCAAGAAAAGUGAGCCACCGUCUGAAACUCACAAGGUCUUGCAUGAAAAUCAGAGAUUCUGGCUUCUUAUAGACAAUCAGAAGAUAAGGCCACUCUGAUAUGCAUUUUCAGAAGACAAUCAGCUGGAACUCAGUAGGUGUUGUCUCUUGACAGGGCUUGUACCCUUUCACCUAGUCCCUUUUCAUUGAUUUGUGGUGUCUGCCUGGUCCCCGAGGCAUCUGAGGCCCUCUUCCCCUUUGAAACCUUCUCCCCAGGUUUGGCUUUGCCAGACCGCAGGGUGGAUUCUUCUGUCUUCUGUCGCUGGGCCUGCAAUUCUGUCUCCUUACCACUAGGAGGACAGUAAACAUACACUUAGAUUUCUGUCUAGUUGAAUGCUCCUUGAGUCCAGUUCCAACGUAUGUGGUGUGCUGGGACGUCUUUGAGGGCCAAGGAUGGAAGAAGAGAGCCUCAGAAUCCUGUGGAUACCUUGUGUGUGUGACCCAAAAAGAGAUAUUUAAAGACCCUUCAGAGUUUAGGCAGAAGUAUCACCAUAAAGUCGUUUCCACAUGAGCAAUGAUAUCCAUGAAGGAUGUGUUCCUCUUUCUCUUGAUAUCUGUUUGUUUUGCAAGUUUUGAAAGAUGAGGGCCAUUUAUAUGACUGGAGAUCUUUGUGGGACCCAGAAUCACAAUGGCAUAAUCAGGACGUAUAUCCAAAUUAUGUGAUUGCCAUCAUAGGUGUAUAGGAGAGACUGAAGUACUUUGCUUCCUCCCAGGACCUCAGAGCCAACCUUUCAUUCAGGUGAGGGCUCUGGCUUGGGGGCUGCUGUGGUUCAUAUGCUGUGCUGUUUAGCAUGUUCAGAUGCUGUGUCCGGUCCCAUUUCAUUUUCUCCGUCCUGACUCAGCAGCGGAUGUAUCAGUCUUAUUCUAGAGACCCAGGAACCUAUAUUCUCAAGUCCAAGACUGGGGCCUCAUUUGUCACUGAAAUGUGCCAUUGGGCACAGUCCAUUCUCUCCUGGAAAGCAGGAUGCUUCUGACCAGCACGUUGUAUAUCAUUCCCACCUGAGAAGUGGAGUCAGGAGCGGAAAGCUGGAGUUAGCUCCCAUUGGACUGAUGGAUGGAUUCCUGAUUACCGGGGUGCCUUAUUGGGUUGUCCAUUCCCAUCAGCUCUGACCCUCUGCUAAGUGUAGCUAACUUUCUCAUCCUACUGGUAGGCUGUGAAUGGGAAAUGUCCACAAAGCUGCUUGGACUUUUCCAUUUGUGGCCUCUGCAGGGAGACAUCCACAGUCCUCCUGUUUUUUUGUUUUGUUUUGUUUUGUUUUCUCUUUCUUUCAAAACCUGCAUUCCUAGCCAGAUUGGAAACAACUUUCUAUUAGGGUUGCAAUGGUUGUCACAGUUGUAAAUGCCUCUUCAUUUUAACCUGGAUCAGAGCUCUAAGCCUGAGAGGCAGCUGCAAGUUGGCAUGUUGGGGUGAAGUUUGCCAGCAUCCCUGGAGCCACAUCCAAGGUCACUUCCCUUCUGGGAGCCCUGGUCAGUCCCAGUGCCUUCCUGAAGCCCUGGGUUGCUGCAGGGAAGUGUCUGCUAGACUGUGGGAUCUCUUAUUCUGCUGCUGGGUAGGUUUUCUUUUGUCUCCAGCAGAGGACAAAUAAGUCUCUGGAUAAGGUAGGUGUUGGCUGAGGGGAAAGCACCGUCUGGAGGAGGAGGCAACCCUACUCCUCUUGGCCCUUUGAGAGUUGGCUGAAGUUACCUUCUCCCUCAAGAGGGCCUGGUUGGUGAGCACAGGGGAUCCAGCCAGGCAUGGUUCCCAGAGGAUGCACACAUCCAGGUCCCUAGAUCAUUGGUGUUUUUGUUUAUGGUGGCAGAUCUUCCAUGACAUGCUCCCCCUCCUACCUUGACUCAAAUUCUGAAUGAAGAAGGAAUUACUCAGAGAUAGAAAUUGAGUAUGAAAAGAAUAAAAUCUUUGAAAUCAAACAGAA